AUGCCUGCUCAAGUAAUACCUGAGAAAACCCUCCGGGCAAUUCAUGUCAGCAGCAGGGAGAACUCCCUCCUCACUCCGAAAAGGUUGGAAGGAAAAGUUGCAAUUGUAACAGGUGGAGCCAGAGGGAUAGGAGAAGCCACAGCGAGACUUUUUGCGAAACAUGGAGCCAAGGUUGUCAUUGGAGAUGUCGAGGAUGCCUCUGGUAUUGCUUUAGCUAACUCAUUGUCACCCUCAGCAACCUAUAUGCAUUGUGAUGUGAGCUUGGAAGAGGAUAUCAAACACUUGAUCAGUUCAACGUUUUCAAUGUAUGGCCAACUUGACAUUCUAUUCAACAACGCCGGUGUACUUGGAAACCAAUCGAAGCACAAGAGCAUCGUAGACUUUGAUGCGGAUGAGUUUGAUCAUGUCAUGCGCAUAAAUGUCAAAGGAGCAGCCCUAGGGAUGAAGCACGCGGCGCGUGUAAUGGUGCCACGAAGAAGUGGAUGCAUCAUUUCUAUAUCCAGCGUGGCCGGUCUCAUGGGAGGGCUUGGGCCUCAUGCUUAUACAGCAUCGAAACAUGCCAUUGUAGGGUUGACGAAGAACACGGCUUGUGAGCUAGGAAGGUAUGGGAUUAGGGUUAACUGCAUAUCUCCCUUUGGGGUGGCCACUUCCAUGCUUGUCAAUGCAUGGAGGAGUCAUGAGGAAGACGAAGAAUGCAAGGAUUUAGGGGCACCUUGUGAGGAAGAAGUAAAAAAGAUGGAGGAAAUGGUGAGAGAAAUGGCCAAUCUAAAGGGUGUGACACUGAGGGCCAAAGAUAUUGCUGAGGCUGCACUUUAUCUUGCUAGUGAUGAAUCCAAGUAUGUAAGUGGUCAUAACCUUGUUGUGGAUGGUGGGAUCACUACCAUGAAAAAUUGUGUAGGCUUAUAG